AUGUUCGCUUUACCAGAUGCAAAGCGCGUCCGGCGCUCCGACCUCUUCUCCGCUCGUUCGCGCUCCGCAUCGCCCGCCUCAUCCACCCGCUCCGCCUCGUCCUCACCCGACCCCGAAGCCGCAGCCGCCCUUCUCCGCGCACGGCUCGACGCACAGCUCGGCGCCGCACCCGUCAUCGCCUCACCCGUCGCCACCGACACCGCAACAAAUCCCGACCCCAAAACCAACGACAACGCGCAAGAUGACGGCGACGAAGACGACGAGCUCGAAUUCCGCCUCUUCGCCGCGCCCACCAAGCCCGCAGCUACUGCACCCAUUCCGCAACAACGGUCCUCCUCCUCCGCCGCAACAUCCCAGCCCGCUGCUGUGCAAAAAAUCCGUCUCCGUUCGCCCUCGCUCGAUCCCGAUCGGCCUGCUGGCUUUGUCAAUCCCUCGCGCCCGCGCUCGUACUACUUCGCGCCCGCCGCCGAUUCGGCAGAGGCAAAGGAACAGCGCGCAGCAUACGCCGCCACGGCCGUCAGCGGCGCAGAAAUCCUUGAGCGCGCGGCUUCGAUACGGUGGCCGGGAUGCGCGGUGCCGUGGAAGGUGUCUGUGUUGGAUCCGGCGUCGGGGAAGCUGAGGAAGGCGUGUGUGAGACACGGGGAGCCUGCUGGUAGCGAUGCGGAUGAUGGGGAGGAGAAGAAGGGUGUGAAGAGGCGGAAGAGCAAAAAGGCACGGGUGGCGCUGAGGAAGAAGCGUGCGAAGGGGUUGGAACGUAAAGAGGCGGCGGAGCGGGCGGCGAAGGAGAAGGAGGAGGCGGAAAAGUUGAAGAGGCAGGAGAAGAAUCGGAAGCAGAAGUUGAAGAGGAGAGAAAAGGAGAGGGCGAGGAAGGCGGCGGAGAGGGGCGAAGGUGGCGCUGCUGGUGAGGAGGCUGGUGGAGAAAAGGAUGAGGAUGUGGUCAUGGGAGAGGACGAGGACUGA